UCGAACAUACCCUGAUUUGCAGGUCGUAUCAUUGCACAUAACAUUUUCCAUCUGACGUUUUCCAAAUAAACAAUUUUUGAAAAUUUCUGGGCAACGUUUUCGAUCAGAAUAGUUCCAAACUGCCCGUAGUGAUCGAUAUGUGAAAUUAGUAGCGUAAUGUGUUCUUUCGUUAUCAAGUCUUGAAAAUGUCCUUGCUCAAUUUCAAAUUCACCAUCAAAUCGAUGAAGCUGCUAAUUUGCUUCAUCGGCAUCUCUUCACUACUGCUGUUAAUACUGUGCCUCUACAGCACUCUGAACACCCCGGAAAAAGUGGUCCAGCCACUGAUUGCCAGCACCGAUCAGCAGGUGAUCAGUUAUGAACUGCUGCGAAGCCAGAACGCAGCUCUGGUACCGGAAAAGUACAAUGAACACGAAGUCAAAUCUCGCAUUAUAAGGGAAAAAAUCAAACGGUUGGCAGGAGGUAAAAAUGCAGAGCUGAGCACUCCUGCUCGUAGAAACCGGACCAUCGCACUGAAUCGAAACAUACAAAUUUUCUACUAUGCUCCAGUAGCCUGGUACAAACCACAUCCGACCCUACCGAGUGACAAGGUUAUUCGUCUGAUCGAAAACGGAUCUGCCGUUUCCUUCCGUCCAAAUGACGAUCAAGUGAUCAACAUUGCGUUCUAUCCGAAGCGCAAGCUUUACAACACUACGGAAACAGUCGUCCAAGAGCACUUCAACGAUAUUCAAAACUGUGGAAUCGGAGUUGUUAUCCUCGUGUGGCAUCCCAGCUUCAAUGAGGACUUACUGAUGGCUAUCUUCAAAACGGCAGCCAUUCAUAAUCUGAAAAUCGCCGUAGAGAUAAUGGAAUAUCCUGAUCGCACGAUCGAAAGUGUUCGGAAUAAUAUCAAGUACUUUAUAGAUUUAUUCGGCAAGGAUCAGGGUAGCACGUUGAGUUAUUUCCGGGUUCUCUCCAAGAAACGUGACCUUCCGAUAUUCUAUGUACGUAAAGCAUAUCGUAUUAACGAUGCAGACUGGGUACGGCUGCUGUCGCGAAAUGGAAUUCUAACCAUCCGUGGCACUAAUUACGAUGCCAUAGUACUGGCUCACAUUGGAAGCAAGGAACAUAAAUCCAUAGUACGACGCGGUGGGUUCGACGGCUUCUACACCUAUCUACCCAGCAACGGAGCAAACUAUGCAACCACGUGGAAGAAUUGGUCCCAGUUGAAAAAGUUUGCCGAUACCUAUCAUUUGUUGUUUGUCCCCACGAUCGGUCCCGGGUAUUAUGAUCGCAAAAAAUACUCCCGCAGUGGACACCAAAAUCACGGUAUUAACAACAUCAAGCGAUAUCGCUCGAAUGGGCAAUACUUCGAUGUGGCUUGGCGAACAGCAUUGAAGAACAACGCACAGCUGAUCACGAUCAACAGCUACAAUAAUUGGGUCGACGGAACACAAAUCGAAGCCGCGAUACCAGUUUUUGGCUUCCGGGAUUAUCUUCCAGGACCGCCCGAAAAGUACCUGGAUUUGACGCAAUCAUGGAUCGAGGAAUUCGUCAAAUAUAAGCUCAACAGUAUUAAGCUUGGCAGGAAAAGCGAAAGCUCACUGAGCUGUUAUGAUUUUAUUAAUAAUACCAUCUGCUAGAUUGUCGUAAUUGAUACAUGUGCUGAGAGAAAUUUAUCUUCUUCUAUUGUCCGUAUAGAGUAGGUGCAACAGAUUAGUGUGGUACUGUAGUGUGUAGCCGAUAGACAGACACUUUUAUUAAUAAAAGAAAAUCGGUUAUUUGACCUCUUCAAUGAUUGGCUGCUCACCUAGUUAGCAAAGCACUAGAAGCUUAGUAGUUUAUAAUCAGCGGAAAAGUUCCUGAUUUUUGAAAGCGGGCUUACGAAAAAUGGAACAGUAAUCCCAUCUAUCGUUCUCUAACAAAAUAACAAAUUUCACGUUUUAUCUUUGUACAGUGUUGUAGCUUGUAGGACGUAGGUUAUGGAUGUAUCUUUGAAGAAAUAAAUAUGUGAUCUUAUUCACUGGAAGGCUUACUCACCAUUGGAGUUUG